AUGUGUUUGUGUAUUGUAAGAACUAUUUUUCACCAAUUCCUCAUCGUAUUCCUUUUAUUAACUCCCGUAUUAGCAGAAUGGAAUACGAGAGAUUAUAUACGUCGAGAGCAUUCACUAACAAAACCGUACCAAGGCAGCGGUAUGUCUGUUCCGUACUGGGACUUCUUAGGCAGUACAAUAGUUACAACGAAUUACGUCCGUUUGACGCCAGAUCUACAAUCUAAGGCUGGAGCGAUUUGGAACACUGUGCCAUGUAUGACAAGGAAUUGGGAGAUACAAGUGCAGUUUAAAGUUCAUGGUCGUGGUAAAGAUCUGUUUGGUGAUGGUCUAGCUCUCUGGUAUGUUAAAGACAGAAUGCAGCCAGGGCCAGUGUUUGGCAGUAAGGAUUACUUCCAAGGACUCGCUAUCAUAUUAGAUACAUAUAGUAAUCAUAAUGGUGCACAUAAUCACCAACAUCCAUAUAUAUCAGCCAUGAUAAGUAAUGGAACUUUACAUUAUGAUCAUGAUAGAGAUGGUACGCAUACACAAGUGGCAGGUUGUGAAGCAAAGUUCAGGAAUUACAACCAUGAUACACACCUAUCAAUUAUAUAUAAAGAUGAUACACUUAAAGUGUCAAUGGAUUUAGAAGGUAAGAAUGCUUGGAAGGAGUGCUUCACAGUUGAAAAUGUACUGCUACCAACUGGCUAUUACUUUGGUGCAUCAGCUACUACUGGAGACUUGAGUGACAAUCAUGACAUAAUAGCCAUUAAGAUGUACGAAUUGGACUUACUUGAUACGCAAAAGGAAGAAGACAGAUCUCACAUAAUACCAUCGGCAGCAACAUUUGAAGCUCCUCGGGACAGAGCAGAGGACCCUAAACCAGCUAUGUCUGGUUUCAAAACCUUUCUAUGGAUGAUGUUCAUAGCUAUCAUCAUCAUAGUACUAGUUGUUCUAGGUAUUAUGUGGUACCAAAAAAGACAAGAACAUUCUAGAAAGAGACUUUACUAA